UAAAAAGGCAAACAGCAAACUCAUCGAUGCCAUUGAAUUUCGCUUAUUGAUGAAAGCUUAAGAUCAACGGGUCAAAAGUUAAUUGAUAUUGUCUUUAAAUGAAAAAAAUGAAUUCAUUGCUUCGCUGGCUUCUAAUGCUAGCCAUACACUUUUUCAUGAUUACGGUUACUGCUAACAUGGCAACAGAAAACAUCUGCAAAGCAAUAACCAUAAGAUCGAUAGAGGAUUUUAACAGAAUGCAAAAUUGCACGAUAGUAGUGGGUCAUGUAAGCAUAGUCGAAUUGUAUUUCACAAAGGAUAUGUUAAAAACGUUGACGGCAGCGAAUGUGGAAGAAAUCACUGAUUAUCUGUUAAUCUAUCGAGUAAAUGGUUUGGAUACUUUGGAAAGACUAUUACCAAAAUUAGAAAUAAUACGAGGAGCCGAUUUAUUAUUUGACCGCUACGCUUUGGUUUUAUAUGAAAAUCGAGAAUUACAAAAUAUUGGUCUAAUAUCCUUAAAACAAGUUCUGGAUGGAUCAGUACGUAUAGCAUCAAAUCCGAAUCUUUGCUUCACAGAUACGAUAGAUUGGAUAUCAAUAACUGGGAGCGCUACCUCAUUUGUGUUGAAGAACAAUAAAUCGCCAAAUUAUUGUCCCACUUGUUCGAAAAUUAAGCAUUGUUGGUCCAUUGGAAAACCCCAGCAGCAGCUCCUUCCAUCAGCUCAGAAGAAAUGCCGAAACCUUCUUGGAGACCGAAACUGUAAGGAUACCUGUAUUUUUAACGUCAAGCUAAAUAAACGUGAAUGUAUCACUCCUCGGAGAUGCCAUGAACUGGGUCUAAUACCAUUUGAAGGAGUGUGUAGAGAGACUUGUCCCCCUAAUCAUCAAGAAGAGAACGAUUCACAAGGUUUCCGAACGUGCAAAAUAAAUUGUACUGGAAAUUUCAUAGUUAAUAAUGAAAGCGAUUUAAAAAGCUUAACUGAUUGCGAAAUAAUUAACGGCUCACUAACCCUUGAACUGUUUGAUAAAAAAACAAAAUUGAUAACGCAAUUGGAAAAGUUUUUAGGCAACAUAAAAGAAAUAUCCGGAUAUUUGAAAAUUCUUCGUUCACCUCAAGUGUUGUCGUUAAAUUUUCUGAAGAAAUUACACAUCAUAGGCGGCCAACAAUUAAUUGACAAGAAAUAUUCUCUUUAUGUGGUGGAUAAUUAUCACUUGGAAGACUUAUGGCAACAGAAGGUUGCCAUUUUAAAGGGCCGUGUGUUCUUUCAUCUGAAUUCACGAUUGUGUUAUGAAAAGAUAUUGCAACUGCAACCUCAACUAAAAGAUACAUCCGUUGGUAAUAUAACAAUAAGCGACGCGUCCCGCCAUUCAAACGGUGAACGUGUUAUCUGCGGUAAUAAUGUUCAUGAACUGAAUGCUACGGUAGAAGAUUACAAUUCCAAUUCAGUGCGCAUCAAAGUAAAUCCUAUGCCAGCUGAGGACAAGGAUGUACUGAUUGGUUAUAUUUAUUAUUACAAGAUUGCACCGGUACGCAACGUAACCAUGUACGACGGUCGGCAUGGCUGUGGCUACGAUAACUGGCAUAUGGACUUUUCGGCCGGUAAGAAUGUAAGACACAUUUUAACUGAUUUACGUCCAUACACGCAAUAUGCUUACUUUGUAAAAACUCUUACUAUUACGGAUUAUCAUAAUCAAGUGGACGCAUAUUCUAAAGUUCAAUAUUUUUCUACGUUGCCAACCAAACCUAGCCCGCCUGCCAAAAUUUUUCAUCGUCCUUUAAACGCUCAAGAAAUUGAAGUAUAUUGGUGGCCUCCCCGUUAUCCCAAUGGAGCCAUAAAACAUUAUAUACUAACGUUCGAAGCAGUGAACGAAAACGGCUAUGGUUCAAAUUUCACAUUGAAAAAUUUCAUUCCAACUGUACAGAAGGAGGACAGUGCUUCGGAAGUCUGUCAAUGUUCAAAUGUGCUUCCCGAAGAAAGCGGGCCCACUCCCACCGACGAAGGUUACUAUAAUAAAGAGCAGUUAAUUUAUGACGAAGCUCUAUCAAAUUUCAUUUAUGUACCGGCACCAGUUGAGGAACUCGAGAGUCGAGCAAAAGAACGCAACUCGACCGAACUAGUUAAAGAAAAAGAAAAUUUUCAAAAAUACCAACAUCGAAAAGAAGAAGAGUCUCUACGAGAACAAGAUACCGGCUCAGAUCAGUUUCUCAUACCAAAGCCGAAACCGAUAUGUCAGAACCCUAAAGCCACAGUACAAUUUCAAAAGGAAAAUCAAUGUCAGGCUCGCGAAUACUACGAGGGCAAAAAAAUAGCUGGCAAUAAACAUUCGUACAAAAUUACUGGCUUACAAGAGGAAGUACUUUAUCGGAUCACUUUAAGAGCUUGCGUUGAUGGUCUCGAAAAUAACUGUGGACCUACCAUAUCAAUAUUGGCGAAAACGUUUACUAAAGGAGUUGAACGAUUUUUGCAAAGUAUUAAGCAGUAUUGA